CGGCAAACAACCAGAUUGACUGCGUUUUGAAUCUAUCGGACGCAUUUCACCCUGCCGCGGUCGACACUUCCAACACCCAAGCGGAAUUGGGUGCUCCGAGGCCAUUCCACUUUCUCCCUAUCUACAGCGGCAGCUGCUGCCAUUACGGUUGUUGUGAGGCAGUUCUCUCUUCGGUUAUGACCGCUGAGAAGAGGAAGAAGCCUUCUUGUGAUUCCGCACCUGUUAGCUGUACGUCCCAUUGCUCUACCUGUUCGUCAACUGCAUCCAACAACUACAUCAAGUGCCUUGAGGUCUACUUUGAGCAAAUGGCUUCUAGGAUUCACUGGACUGAUGCAAUGGAUGAAGCUUUCCUCACAGCCUACGUCAGUUUUCGGGAAAAUAACAUUUGGGACAACAGGAAGUCGCUAGAGACCAACUACGACAUGUUGGCAGCCCAUUUGGCGAGCAAUCACAUACUGAUUGUGACUGGCCAAGACCGGGGUUGA